GCGAGUAGGGGAGGUGGCAACCGGAGCUGCGAUCAGUAGUCAAAAUCUCUCAAAAAAACAACAUGGAUGGAUGGCUGCUUUUUUAGGAACAGUGAUGUUGUUUUAAGAAUGCCAUCUUUGCACAUUUCACGUUUGCUGCUACUUCUUCUUUUCUUUGGCAACGUUUGGAAGGCUUUUACAAAAUCCAUCCCGGAACAAGGCACGCUUGAGGUGUUAAUUCGAGUUCAGGUUUUUGACAACAGCAACCUUUCACCUUUGUCCAGCCCGGUGGUGGAGGUUUAUGGGAACCAUUCAGCCCUGGCAUCGGGGGUGGCAGGCAGUAAUGGGGUGGUCAAGGUAACGUUUCAGUACCAGCCUGGAACAUGGAUCAUCAUCACAGCUUCGAAACAUGGGUUUGUGACCAACACGGCACCAUGGCAUGCAAAUAGGAUACCCUUGUAUGCUUCUGUGAGUCUCUAUCUCCUUCCCCAGCGACCAGCCACCCUCAUUCUCUAUGAUGACUUUGUUCAAGUUCUCCUGGGAUCUCCUGGUGUCAGGAACCAGCCAUGGGUUCAGUUCCAGAGAAAGGCCGUUCGACUGCCACCCAACUCCACCUAUACUGAGCUGUCUGCAGUCCUGACAGCAGCCAAGAGCAAGUAUGAGAUUGGGGCCUUUCCCUACCACAUUGGCCUAGAGAGCAAUGGGACAGGAGUGAACAGCAGCUGGUUGGAGCUGACCCCGGUCACAGCGGUCAGUACUCAUCUCUUCACUAGGAAUGGGACAAGGAUCCAGGUGUCCGGCCCGAUUCACAUCUCCAUUCCCCUGCCUGGGGACACUCCUGUGAGGGCUGCAACCAGCAUUCCUGCCUGGAGGUUUGACGCCAAGACUGGGGUUUGGAUUAGGAAUGGAACAGGCUAUGUAAAGAAGGAAGGAGUUCACUUAACAUGGAAUUUCAUCGCCCCUCAACUUGGAUACUGGGUGGCGGCCAUAUCUUCAGGGAUGGCAUUGAACCCUUCUGGACUGCGUGACAUCACCACCUAUCACACUAUCUUCCUGCUCACUAUCCUGGGGGCUCUGGCUCUCCUUGUCCUUAUUCUACUCUGCUUACUGCUUUAUUAUUGCAGGAGGAGGUGCCUGAAACCAAGGCAACAGCAGCACCGCAAAGUACACAUCUCCUCCACACUCGACAGCUCCAAGAAGGACCAAGGAACAUCCACCCCCCACCUCAACCUGAUCAGCAGCAGCCACAUUGAAUCAGCCUCUUCCAAUGGAGACAUGGAUGCCCACGCUCCCAUCCUGAAAUCUGCAUUCUCGUCCUCGCAGGAAUUUGAAAGUUCCCGUGAAAACUUCUUCAAGCAGAACCUCUCCCAUAAGAUGAGACACAGUAAAGUGAAUAUAGAUAAUAUCACUCGCCAGGGGGGGGCGAUGGAGAGCUUCCAAAUGAAAGUUGCUCGUUCCAUAGACGCCUCUAACACAGUGGAUCCUUCCUUGUUGGACGACUACCGAAGAAGCUACAACUGCAUGAUGUCCCAGCAAACCAUGGAAGAUAAAAGCAUCGAAACCAACAGAAGACACAUCAUCAGUGAUAAGAAGGGCUACACUCAAGAUCUUCCCUCUCCCCCGUCUCUGCCACCCCCUCAUGAUUUUAUGACGUCUCAAUCUGUCGACCAUUUGGGCAGACCGACGUCUUUGUCCCAGCCUGGGCAGCUGAUCUUCUGCAGAUCCAUAGACCAAAUGAAGGACAAUAUGUAUAGAAAAGUGAUGCCGACUUUGGUCAUACCAGCUCAUUACGUGAGGCUGACUUCUGAAUACCAGGAGAUGGAGCAAGCCAUGGGGAUGACCCUGGAGCAGCAGCAGCAGCAAGAAAUUGAAGGGAUCCAGAUGCAGGUUCAGAUGCAAGUUCAGCAGCAGGCCAACCAGCAGACUGAAGACCCAGAAGGCAGAGGGUGGGCCCCCCAUCCCUCCACAGGCCCGGUCCGCAUACCUGUGCUGUUUAACGACUCCACUGUGGCUCAGAUGAGCGGAGAACUGCAAGCACUGACUGAGAAAAAGCUACUAGAGCUGGGGGUCAAGCCACACCCACGGGCCUGGUUUGUAUCUCUAGAUGGGCGGUCCAACUCCCACAUCAGGCAUUCAUACAUUGACCUCCAAGGGAACGAGAGGAGACGUAGCAAUGAUGCCAGUUUGGAUUCAGGAGUAGACGUGAAUGAAUCCAAGAUUCCCAGGAGAAUAAAGGAGGAACGGGAAAAGCACGGCCUUGGAACCAUGGCGUAUUCCAAGCUGGGGUACGUGGAUGACAUGGAGCAGAGCAGCAGCGAAAGCAGAACGGCCGUUUGCUCUCCAGAGGAUAAUUCCCUGACCCCGCUGCUGGAUGAAAGUUUGGAAAACCAAGGGGCUACCAUUCCCAGAAGAAGACAGAGCCGAGGUAAUAUUUCCAGGAGCAGUGUCGGUGAAAUCCAAAGGGAUUGUAUGACCAGCCCUGAAGAUGAAAUGAAUGACCCGUCAGAAGGGGGGGAUGAUCAGGGGGACAAGAAGAGCCCAUGGCAAAAACGAGAAGAACGGCCCCUGAUGGUCUUUAAUGUCAAUUAAAUGUCACGGUAGAACAUAAUCACUUUUAAUAGGGCUGUCAUUCUGAUGUCACAUUUCUUCACUUGAUCCUAAAAUGCUGUUGCUCUACCUUCAAGAGGGACCAACACAAAAAAGCACAAGUACUACCAAGACCACAUAAAACAGAUCACAAUUUGUACCCCCUUAUGUUUAUACUGCUUCAGCAGGUGUUGAUCUUUGCAGUACUGGCGCCACCCUGACUUGUGGUCAGUACUGAAACUUUUUUUUUUUUUGUUUAAUUAGGAGAAAACACACAUGAGUGUUGCACAGGAGCCAAACAGGAAUACCACAAAGAAACUGGAGAUGAUAAUCCAAAACCAUACUAAUGAAAAUGAGAGUGAGAAGGGAAUUGCGACUGCUUGAAGCCAAAUGACAAACGUGUCUUUUUUUGCUUUAUUUAAACCUUCCCAUGAGGGGUGACUCCUAGUCCGCAACAGAUAUAAUGGUGUUUUAUUAUGUCACCCCUGUUACAAAAACUAUCCAUGGUGAGCCAUUUUAUAUUGACUUUGGGGACAGUCCAGCAGGCUUUAUUGAACUGCGUUCUUCCUAUGGGGAAAAGCAUGUGAACCACUUGAGGCAGGAUAGGUGGAUCACUUUAUAUGAACAUACACAUUAUAUAUGGAGAAUGGAGUUACCAGUUUGGAAAUGUUUAAUACAUUGCACUUCAUUACAAGGUUUUACUUGGCAAGAUCAGAUGAAAAAUGCUUUUGCAAUCAAAUUAAAUUCAUUAAACCAACUCUAGAGUAUUUGGAUGACGUCUCACAGACAAAUCCCUCUUAAGAUGAAAUGACCAGCUCUUGCCCUUCUGAAAGACUACACUUUCUAGCAUCUGCUUCUCUUCCUGUAACUCUGUUUUGGAGCCACCGGACUGACCAAAAGUUAUACAAUUGAGGAUGUUUUCAAACUUUUUUUCAAAGGGGUGGGGGGUGGUACGACUCAAAUUUGUUUUUCGUCGUGCUGCUAAAUUAAGUUUGUGGGUUUAUUUAAUUGUUAUUUUUUUAACCUGUGGACUGGAUUGAAACUGUAUAGAGCUUACUUAUCAGCCUUUUAUUUUUUAAGAAAAAACAAAACCUAAAGGUUGAUUUCAUCGAUGGCACAACCCUGGCCAAGCUAAACAUCAAAUGUUGUCCUUCAGUAAGUGGUGUUGAGAAGCAUUUCAAUAAUAUGACAUGAUAUGUAAAUUAGUGUUUGUCAAGCACACUUCAGAACAGAAUCAGAAUCUCAAUAUUGCAAAAAGAACCAGCCAAGUGCCUUCUUUGCAUAUGAAGGUCCUACGUAUGGACAGUACUUCAAACAGAGAAAUUCAAAGUGGCAGUUCCUGGGUACAUAUGAAGGAAAUAUGUGCCAAAUCUGCAAACUGAAAACAAACUUAGUUUGUUUUUCUGUGAAUGCUGGAAAACAGUUUAAAACCCCACAAAGAAAGUGGUAAACAAUUGGAAAAGAAAGUGAAGGAUAUGCAAUUAGGACUAUUGUAUAUAAUUAAUAUUUUGCAUGAACUCGGUAGUGUAAAUUUUAAACUUUUUAAAGAACAGAAUACCAUUCCCUUUGUUCUUUUUUAUAUUUUUUUGUUCAUAGAGAUAGGGACAAAGAGGUAGAAAGUCCUGCUUCUUUCAUGGGUGAAAGACUGCCACUGAUGUUUGGGGGGAGACAUUAAACUCACAGCAAUGCUCCUCCUUAAAUUAAGUAGUGGGUGAGGAUGCCUAAGGGACUUAAGCUACUUCUGCAUUAAAUCUACCACUUUUCCAAACGAGCCAAUCUUGCCCAAGCGAGAUAAAAACCCAUGUAAGCAAUGGAUAUGUGUCAACUGUAAUGGAUUUCUCAGAGAACCAGCUGCUCCUUUGAGAGGCCCUUAUUCUUAGUAGGCCAACAACACACCCCAAAUGAAUACCAGCACACUGCCUUAGAGACCAACAACAAACCCCAAAUGAAUACCAGCACACACUGCCUUGGAGACCAACUAUAAACUACACAAUGCUGCCUUAAGAAGCAGCCACAAUACAAACCAUUCUAUUUAAAUAAGGUAGCCAUUUGGAUGCAAAGCUUGCAGAUUUAUAUAUAUAUA